UAUUUUGACUGAAUGAAUGAAAGAAGCAGAGCAGAAAAUAUUUUGUUUGCGUGGACAAGUACAAUAAAAUAUUUUUGUUUGAUACAUUAAACUAAUUAAAAUGAAUGAAGCAGAUAUUCCGAUUGACAUCCACACUCUGAAGCUGCAGGAUUGGUUGGUAAGCAGAAGGAUUGUGCCCAAAACUAUUCAAAAGAAUAUCAAAGAGAUACGCACAAAGAUUUCAAAUGCUCUUCAAGAUAUGCCAGCCAAUGAUCAACUGAUUAAAUUAUUGUCAGGGACCAACAUAAACUACUAUCACUGUAAAGAAAUUGUUGAGAUUCUGAAACAAACGGAAAAGGAAACAAAAAGCGUAUUUGGAACGUAUGGAAGUCAGAGAAUGAAGGACUGGCAGGAAAUACUACGUCUGUACGAAAAAGAUAACGUCUAUCUUGCAGAGUCCGCCCAAAUAUAUGUGCGCAAUGUGAAUUAUGAAGUGCCUGGUAUUCGAAAGCAAAUGACAAAAUUAGAGCAGCAAAGCGAUGAAUGUUUAAAAAGGGUUCAAGAUCUUGGCAAACCAGAAUCACAAUUACUGGCCGAACAUGCUUCACUUUUGCAACAAUUGGGGGUUAAAGGUGAAAAUUUGCGAGAAGAAUUCCUACAAGUUUUGUCUAAGUUACCAGACAUGUAUGCCAAUUCAAUAGGUGAUAUUGGCAAAUUAGAAGAAGCAAUUAACUUAUUCUCUGAAGGAAGUAACAAACAAAUUUUACCCAUACUACGCCACCUUAUCGAAUUUGGCAACACAACCGUUUAUCAAUAUGUGCACAAAGAAGAACCUUUAACUAUUGAAGAACCCACAAUUAAAUUAAAUUUAAAUGAUGACACUUUGACUGGUAGUGCAGAUGAUAAUGAAAUCGAUUUUGGUGGCGAUGAUAAUGGAGGCACCUCAUCUACAAUAUCGGCAGAAAUUAUUGAUUUCGGAGAACUCAAUUUAGAUAGUAACAACUGCGCUAUAGAUUCGGAUGGAAAUGGUGGUGACAUUGAUUGGGGCAUUGAAAGUGGUCCGAGUGAGGCUGUAGAGAUAAAUUUUGACAUUCCUAUUGAAGAAUACGGUAUAGUUAUUGAGGGGACUGGCAUGGAUGGUGGCAUUGCUAAAGGAGAACAAGCUUACUCAAUUCUUGAUUCACCCAGUUAUCGGGAUAGAUUUCUCGAUGAAAUUUACGAACUUGAUGCAUUUUUACGUAUGCGACUUUAUGAACUUAACCAAUUGGAAGCUUCUAGCAAUAUUAUGUUUUCGCUGAUGGAUAGCAUUUCCACAUAUGAUGCAGAGAGUAUACGAAAAAUGUUAAAGAAUAUUGAUCAAAUUUUGGGUGAGGUAUGUAACGAGCAAACUCGCCACCUUUUCCAAUUAAAACAUUCGCCUAAAUAUGCUGAUUUGUUGGCAAAUAAGUUGCGACAAAUGACAAAGGCCGUUGAUAAAAUACGUGAGACGAAAGAAGUUCUUAAAAAACGUUCUUUGGAGUUAAAACAACAGCGCGUAGAUUUGAACCCAAUUUUAGCGGAGCUAAUAUCACAAACGAAGAAGCUCCAAAUACAUAUUGAGAAUGAUAUUUCCAAACGUUACAAAAAUCGUGUAGUAAACCUGAUGGGAGGAGUAAACUAAUGGUUUGUUGGAAAAUUUAGGUGAUUUUGUUAUGUAAUAAUAUGCAAUUAUUAAAAUUAUGUAAAACAUGUACUGUGUUUGAUGAUGUUCUAAUAUUUGAUAAUAUUAAUAAUAAUAAUUAUUAUAAAAACAUCGGAAAAUAAAGAAUUCAGCAUUUUCACAAAAUACAA